AUGGCGGUGUGCGCCCGGCUGUGCGGCGUGGGACCGGCCCGAGGCUGCCGCCAACGCGGCGCGGCGAGGGAGCAGCGCCGCGGAGCCGCCGACAGCGAGCCCGACACCGAUACGGACCCCGAAGAAGCGGCAGGUGGCGGUGUCACGGAGGACGAGGAGGCCGCGGAACGCAUCGAGGGCGGGCGGCCCCUGCCUCCUUCUGUCGAAGCCGGCCCGGCCGGGCGGGCCCCGCUGUCCCUGUUGGAGCUGCCCCCGGAGCUCCUGGUGCAGAUCUUCGGUUCCCUGCCCGGUACCGACCUGCCCAGCCUGGCACGGGUCUGCACCACCUUCCGCCGCAUCCUCCGCACCGACACGAUCUGGCGGCGGCGCUGCCGCGAAGAAUAUGGAGUGUGUGAAAACCUGAGGAAGCUGGAGAUCACAGGAGUGUCCUGUCGAGAUGUUUACGCCAAACGUAUUAACCCACGGGUGAAGUCGGGGCGUUUUAUGAAAAUCCUGCCCGACUACGAGCACAUGGAGUACAGAGAUGUUUACACCUGCCUGCUGCACCGGUACCGGCACAUCCUGGGAUUGUGGCAGCCAGACAUCGGACCCUACGGGGGACUGCUGAACGUGGUGGUAGAUGGCUUGUUCAUCAUUGGCUGGAUGUACCUGCCCCCUCAUGACCCUCACGUGGAUGAUCCCAUGAGAUUCAAGCCCCUCUUCAGGAUCCACCUCAUGGAGAGGAAAUGUGCCACGGUGGAGUGCAUGUAUGGCCACAAGGGACCUCAUAAUGGCCACAUCCAGAUUGUAAAAAAGGACGAGUUCUCCACAAAGUGCAACCAGACAGAUCACCACCGGAUGUCAGGGGGCAGGCAGGAGGAAUUCCGGACGUGGCUGAGGGAGGAGUGGGGUCGGACUCUGGAAGACAUUUUCCAUGAACACAUGCAGGAGCUCAUCCUGAUGAAGUUCAUCUACACCAGCCAAUAUGACAACUGCCUGACGUACCGGCGCAUCUACCUCCCCCCCAGCAGCCCCGAGGACCUCAUCCAGCCUGGCCUCUUCAAAGGCACCUAUGGGAGCCACGGGCUGGAGAUUGUCAUGCUCAGCUUUCAUGGCAAGAAAGCCAAGGGUACUAAGAUCACUGGAGAUCCCAACAUCCCAGCUGGACAGCAGACUGUGGAGAUAGACCUGGCACAUCCUCUGCAGCUGCCUGACAUCGAGAACCUGCGAGACUUCAGCGAGCUGUCCCGCAUUGUGCUGGAGGUGCAGGAGCAGGUCCGGCGGGAGGAGCAGGAGCGGGAGCAGCAGCAGGAGGAGCAGGAGCAUUCCCAGCAAGCUGCCUCCCAACCUGCCAGUCCCCUGGGAGGAGAAGGUGCUGAGGGGGAAGAGACUACAGCUGGGGCAGAGGGGAAGACCCAGGACAAGGCCUCAGCUUCCCAGCCCUUCGUGCUGCCCAUGGGAGUGAUAUCGAGGAAUGAGGAUUAUCCCCGGACCUGCCGAAUCUGUUUUUAUGGGACAGGGCUCAUUGCUGGCCAUGGUUUCACCAGCCCGGAGAGGACGCCAGGGGUGUUUGUCCUGUUCGACGACGACCGCUUCGGCUUCAUCUGGCUGGAGCUCAAAUCCUUCAGCCUCUACAGCCGCAUCAAGGUCCCCUUCCAGAACGCCCAAGCGCCUUCCCGGGAGGCCUUUGAUGAGAUGCUCAAGAACAUUCAGUCCCUGGCUACUUGAUGAGUGGUUGGUGAUGGACAGGGCUCGGGGUGGCAAAGGCUGCUGCGCUCCCCAGCCGGGGCUGGGGUGGGGAGUCCUCGCUCUCGGUACCUCUGGAUAGAAGCAUGCACUUUGAAUAAAGCCUUUCUACCCCAAAUGUACACACAUCCCACUUCAGACAUCCCUGACUACUGCCCUUUCCUCUGUGCCACUCCACGCUGCUUCCCAGCAGUCCUUGUUCCCCAGUCUGUGCUUUGGAGAGCUGAAAGGGUCCUGCAGAUGAGGGAACAGACCUUCCUUAGUGCAAGAAAAGAAUGUAUUUGGGCAAAACCAACUUGUGGACAGAAGAACAGGCAGUGACAAAGCACAUCCUCCUCUCCAGAAACCUUUCUGUGGGUGCAGCAUUGCCAGGAGGGGCUGGUGUGAUACCUGCAUCCUUGGCUUGCUACUUGGAGUGUAUGGUUUCCUCUGGAGGAUUCCCUCAGCAAGGGCAGGAUGCCCACUGCAGAUGAGUGUGUGCAGCACUAUCCUGGCUUCUGGAGUUUGAUGGAUGUGCUGUCCCUGGAGCUCCAGGUCUGGGUGUCUCCCUGAGACCAGAGAUGAUUUUUUUUUCUCCUUGCAGGAGCUGGGUGUGGGACUGGAGAUGGGUGCAAACUCUAAAUCUCUGUGUUCAGACUGGUUUGUACCUGAAAGGUUUUCUCAGAUCUUGUAAAGUGGGUCUGAAAAGGCACAGGAAGGAGCCAAAAAGAAACACAGCUGUGAGUUGAGCCCAGUAGGCUCCAGAUGGGCAGCAGAAGGUGCCACGUGUCACUGGUGUGACCCCGGGGUGCCAUCCCUGCUCAGGUUGCCCUUCAGAGUCCAGAGUGCCAAGGGAUUGUGCCUGUGUUGUGUUGCUUGUUCUGGCUCCUGGGACAGUGGGUGCUGCUGCCCCACUCACAGGACCCUCCUUUCCCUUUCCAGUUGUACUUGUUUCAUCCCGGAUGGAUUUUUGGCAGAUCUGAGCUCCACUGGGAAUUGUGUGCUGCAGGCAAGGGAGCAGGUUCCCUUCAGACUGUGCUGUGCAGGAAAAUCCAGGCUCAUUUCCAGGCUGUGAGUUGUGCUAGAAACCAUCAGCACUAGCACAACCCUUGGUGGCAGCUGCCCUCUGCCUGUGAUGACAAACUCCAGGUCCCUUCUCCCCAAAUCAGUGUCUAACAAAACCUUGCUGUUACAUCUCUGCAGUUAUAGGUGUGUAAAUGUGUCUGUACCUGUGCUGGGAGGUUUCAGGCCCCUUCUGUGGAGAAGUUCCACUCUGCCUGGUUCCAGUGCCUGUGAGUUGCUUUUAUUCUCACUCUCACAAGGGCUUUUGCCAUUUCUGGCUCUCAUGUGUUCCCUCAGCUGUGGGAGAACCCAGGCUCCAGCAGAGACACGAGCAGUAGCUCAUGUGACUCACAGGAUUAAUUCCUGUCUCUCUGGAUAGAGUUCUCCAAACCUCUGGGAAUUUCAAGGUGAUUUAGGGCACUUUUUGCUUUGUUUCCUGCAGCUUUGUGAGGAGUGGCAGGCCUGCCUCUCCUGAGGAGCUGUUACAGGCCUGGUGAAUAAUCUGGGAAAAGCAGGGUGGUGGUGAGCAGCCUGUAGAGGUGUUCCUGCAGAUGGAAGAGCCAGUUUGGAUCACACAGAGCUGGGAGAGAGGGAGUGGCUGCUCUCUGUGCCUUGGUGAGUGGGCAGAGAGGUGACCUGGAGCUGGAAUUGGGCAUCUCAGCCUUGUGCUGCUCUGUGCAGAACUCGUGCCUGAUUUGCAGACAGAGGUUUCCACUUUGGUUCAGGUUUCUGGGACAACUAAAGAUGUUCAGUGCUGGGUUGAUGGUUGGACUCAAUCUCAGGCAUCUUUUCUAACCUGAAUGAUUCUGUGAUUAAGUCUUUUAGUAUCUCAGUGGCCUGUUUAUCUUGGAAUGUGCUGUUAGGCUGCUGAAGUUCUGCCUUGUGUUCUCCCUGACAGCCCAAAGAGGUGGGAGAUGUCCCCAUUGCCUGUCCCUAAAACCAGCUCUUCUUCAGCUGGAUCUGGGGCUCUGAUUGCAGAUUCCUCCCUACUUCAAUAGCCUCACCAAAAAAAAAAAAAACAAAAAACAACAAAAACAAAAAAAACCCCUAAAGUUUUACACAACUGACUUGAUAAUUUUUGCUUUUAGAAUUGAAAUUAUAAUUGAAAUAGUCUUAAGUGGAGAUUAAAAUCCAGAUUCCAUUGAUUGCCCUGCAGGUACCUGAGACUUGAGUCACUCUCCCAAGUACUGACCUGUCUGUAGCCUCUGUCCUUUGUCACCUGUUUGCUGCUGGCAUCUGCUCUUCUCCAGGCUUCUUGUUCCUUCUGAACCAUUCCAGUGGUAGUGCCAAGGGUCUCCUGAAAGCCAGGCCUGCUUGGCUGGCUGGAGAGAAGGGUUUUGGUGGAGGCUGAUGCCUGUGGGAAUUUUCCCAGCUCUGCCUUCCCCCCAUAGUGGCAUCUUUUUGUUUAUAAUUCACCUGGCUGGCCUCAAAAUGUCAGGAUAAUUCCUGAUUAAAAGCAGAACUGCUGGUACCCCCUGGCUUUGUUCUGUCUGGAGCAAAAGAAAUAACAAGUUCUGUAUUAAUAUUCCUCCUCUGAAGCCUUUUCUCACCUUCUGCUGCUCCAAGCCUGGCAGGCUUCUGUGGCAUUUCAGCAGAAAAUUCCCUUUGGUUUGGCUGAGGGUGAGGAAAGUUGUGAAGAUGAAUUUGGGAGUGUUCCUGUGCAUUGUGCCUGGCUCUGUCAGUGCUUCCAGAGCAAAGGAGGGUAACCUGGAGUUAAAACUCCCAAGUCUGGAAUCUUUGGGAAAGGAGAGACAGAUUUAGGAGCAGGAUCUGAUCCCCCAUGGCCGAGGGGGAUGCUCCUACUUUCCCAAUCCUCUUUUCCUCAUGGGAAGCUGUGCUGACAGGACAGGGCUUUGCUGUGCUUGCUGAUUUUUGGUACAGGCUGUACCACCCCCUGCACAGCUCUGCAUUGCACACUUCUUUCCCAAAUCCCAGUUUUCCAGCCUGUUGGGAUCUUUGUGUGAGCUGUUGACAGGGAUGAUGUGUGCUGGGGCCCUGCAGAUGGUGAUAAAUCCCUGCUGCCGACGGCUCCUCGUCCUUUUGGCUCUGCAGGAAAUCUCGGGGACAAUUGGCUGGAUUUCUUCAUCCCAGAUGGGUGGAAAGUGCUGGCAAAGAUGGAAAACAACUUGUCAGGGGUAGGAAUACUCUUGGCAGGAGCUUUGUGGAUUAAACAAAGCCUUUGCAGGGAGGUUGCAGAGCCCCAAUGGCCACUGCAAGACCUGGGGCUGAAUUCUGGCUCGGGCAGAGAAGUGUCUGGUUCAUGUGCUGGGGAUGGGUUCUGCUCCUCCAACCUGCUCCCUGUGUUGUCAAAACACAUGGAUUUGGCCAGCUGGAAAACGGGAACAUCAAAGCUCCCCUUUGUUUGCCUUGUGCCUGGUUUGAGAGUUGUGAACGUGCUGUGCUCAGGCAUGGUGGCUGUGGGAGACUCGCUGCCCUCCACAGGGAUUUUUCAGGCUGGAUUUUACUGAUGAGGAGGGAAAAGGAUGGAAUUGUUUGAAAAUUUGGGUGUCAGCUCCGUUGUGGAGCGAGCAGCAGUGCUGCUGCAGCUGCCCUGGCAUGGGCCAGCAGCAGUGGAAGGGCAGUUCCUUAGGAAAUGUGUGCUGGGGAGAAAGGGAAUUGUGUGCCAACAUGCCUGGAUGUGUCAGCUCCCAGGAAAAGCCCAAACCACAGCUGGCUCAGUGUUUACUUUUCAACAAGGAUGACUUUUUCUUGCUUUUUAUUAAUUUAAACCUAGUGGAACUUGAUGGGAGUGUUGGGUGUUGUGUGGAAAUGGGUUGUUUAGGCUCAACUUGCUAGUUUAGGGAAUGACAAUGUGUUAACUCUGUCUUGUAGCUGGCUGCUCACAUGGCCAAUAAUCCUCUGUGGUGUUCAGCUGCCAAAGGCUCGUGCUGCCCUUCCCAGUGGGACACUGAAUUAUUUGGGAUGUGGAGUGGAAGAGAGAGGUACCAAACUGUGAAUACCACUGACCUUUGGGUGCUUUGUGUGCUGAAUUAAAAUGUGUGGUUUUGGUUUUUGUUUGGAUUGCAGUCUUUGGAACUUUUGAGGCAAAGAGCACUUGGCUCGACUGUGUUCAUUAGCUUAAUUAAAGCAAUCUGCACUUUUGUUUUGUCAUUGAUUACUCCCCCUUCCCUGUUCCCAUGUGUAUUUUGCACUCACCACUUUAACAAGACACUGAAGGAUUAAUCUGGGCAUUUCUUGUAGGUUUUAAGUGUGGGUAAGUCUUUCUAAAAAAGUAUUAAAAAUGAAGGUGAAACAUAAAUCCCUGUUUUGUACAGAGGGCAGUGGAAGGAAACCACUGGACAUCCACCACCACAAAUACCUGUGUGGAACAUGAUAAGCUGUACUUUAACCACCUCACCUGUCCAAGGGCUGGGGGUUUGCCUGUCUUUUCUUGGUGGCUUUGAGAGGAAAGGGAUGUAUAGAAUCAACACCUGGCCUACUUCACCCCAGAUUUUGGAAAGAUGAGGAAGCCCUUUGUGUUACUUUUAAACCUGAUCAUUGUUACCCAAGGAGCCUUUUCCAGUUUCAAAUAAUAAAAAGCAAAGUUUUGUGAAUUUAAUUCUGUUUGCUUAUUUUUUUUUUCCCCCUUGUCCUAAAGGAAAAUCUUGGGCCUGAUGUGCAGCAGCCUGUCUUACACUGUGGGAUAGGAAAUAAUUUUCCCUUGUUUGGGUACUUGGUAAGCAGUUUGGUUUCCUGGAGAUGUGAGACAUGCAUCCCACGCCUCAUGCUGUGAACUCCCAAUUAUUGCCUUAUCUCUGUUGUCUGUUCUCUCCUCCUGCAUCAUCCCUGGGGUGCCCAUGGUGCCCCACAGCAGAUUUGGGGUGGCAGAACUGACACGCUGAGCCCUAAAAAAGCCUCCUUGCCCUCCCAGGCCCAGCUUUCUCUGUCUGGAAGGAAGCUUGAGGUAAUAUUGGAUUUGUUUUUAUUUUUUUUUCCAAUUCUUCCUUCCACUUGGUCUGAAAAGGGAUCAGCUGGCACCAAACCAGCCUGAGGGAUGAGGAGGGGGAGGCAGUGUGGUGAUGUCAGCCCCUUCUCUGUGGGAUCAGACUGAGAGUUGUCAGUGUUUCCUGUAUUUCCAACUCACACCCACUCCAGCUCUGCACUGCUUUUCCAAGUGAUUCUCUUGUGGCAUGAGCUCAGCUGCCACCAAGGAGCCUUUCCCUCCUUCUGCUGCAGGUCCUGUGCCAGCCCCGUGUUCCCUGCCCUGCCUUUCCCUGGAGGGAAUGUUGUGCUUUGAGUUUUGCAGCCCAAUUUUGCUG